UCAUUUUGAUUACGAAUAUUUUGAUAUAGUCCGUGGAAAUGAUGCUAUAGAAACUAAUCCUUUAGAAAAAAGUGUGUAUAGCAUUCCAUCAAGUUCUAGAAUGAUUAUUGACAAUGAUACAGAAGAUAACGUUACCAUAUAUUCAGAUGAUACUAUGUACGAUCAUGAAAGUAUCAGAAGUAUUAAUAGCAGUAGAAGGAACUCGAAUAUAAGUUUUGAUCCAAAAAUUAU